CCACAAGUGACAGAAAACAACAGAGACGCUGAAGGAGACGUUUUUUUGACUGAGCUGCGACCAUGAGGAGACCAGACCAACAGUAGAAGACGUGGGAACAGAUGCAAGUGUAUCUUCAGCUCUGCAUCUGACUGAAGAAAUCUACAGGAACUCCUCUUUGCAUCAGCAGGAUUGGACUUGCGGAGAAAAAAAAGAUAGCCGGAUAGACAGACAAGAGGACGGACUGGCUUUAGUGGUGCAUAUCAAGGAGAUCACCAUCAAUGAAGACACCCGGCAUGGCGGUAUUCAAGCAACAAAAUGUGGAUGAUUUCUAUGAAAUUGGAAUGGAACUAGGAAGUGGGCAGUUUGCAAUUGUCAAGCGCUGCAUAGAGAAGAGCACAGGUGUUGAAUAUGCAGCCAAGUUCAUCAAGAAGCGCCAGAGUCGAGUCAGCAGACGUGGUGUAAGAAGAGAGGAGAUCGAGAGGGAAGUGGACAUCCUGCAGCAGCUCCAGCAUCCCAACAUUGUAGCGCUGCACGACGUGUAUGAGAACCGCACGGAUGUGGUGCUUAUCCUCGAAUUGGUUUCUGGAGGAGAGCUGUUCGAUUUCUUGGCUCAGAAGGAGUCUCUCAGUGAAGAGGAGGCCACUCAGUUUAUCAAACAGAUCCUCGAUGGAGUCCAGUACCUCCACGCCAAGAGGAUCUCACAUUUUGAUCUAAAGCCUGAAAAUAUAAUGCUACUGGACAGGAAUGUUCCUCUACCCCGCAUCAAACUCAUAGACUUUGGACUGGCACACAAAAUAGAAGCUGGGGCAGAUUUUAAAAACAUUUUUGGAACCCCUGAAUUUGUUGCUCCAGAGAUAGUCAACUAUGAGCCACUGGGAUUGGAGGCAGACAUGUGGAGCAUUGGAGUCAUCACAUACAUACUCUUGAGCGGCGCGUCACCUUUCCUCGGUGACACAAAGCAGGAGACGCUGGGAAACAUCUCGGCGAUGAACUACGAUUUUGACGAGGACCUCUUCAGCAAUACAAGCGAGCUGGCCAAGAGCUUCAUCAAGCAGCUCCUGGAGAAGGACACGAGAAAACGGAUGACUAUACAGGACGCCCUCAGCCAUCCUUGGAUAAAGCCUUCUAAUCCCAGACAGGCCAUGGUGAAGAGGUUGUCAGUGGUCAACUUGGAGAACUUCAAAAGACAGUACGCCAGACGCAGAUGGAAGUUGUCAUUCAGAAUUGUGGCUCUGUGCAAUCAUUUAACGCGGAUCAUGAAGAAGGGCCAGAAGCUGCCUGAGCAGGAUGGGAGGGAUUGUGAAAGUGACCAAGAAGAAGAAAUCCUCAAGAGAAGACCAAGGACCAGAAAGAGAAGCAGCACUUCCUGAGAGCAAAAACCAGUGUCAAGUGUGUCAGUCGACGAUGUUCCUGUUGCAACAGUGACUCUGCACUCUUUGACACACACAUUGCAGCUGUCACUUGUCAUAAAGAAUCAGCCUCAGUAUUUGAAUGACUGCUGAAGAUGCAGCGUUUUCAGUGGUCAAAGCAACUUUGUUUGUCUUGGUGACCGACAAAACCAGCAGAUCAUCUGCUGUGUGUUAGAUAGCCAUUUCUGAAUUAGAGCUACUGUUUUCUGGCAUAAGAAGAUAUAACUGGAUUAUUGUUGACAGGAACUGAGAAGCCGAUGUUAGCACAUGCACAAGAAUGGAGGCAGCUUCCUCUAAUAACUGCAGUCUUAAAAAUGCUUCAGCUGUUGUUAGACAGCCAAGUGUUGACAGAGAGUUAGACUCUGUUCUUUUUAUUGUGCAGGCUGCGUGUGGGGAUUUACAAGAGGUGUUUUGUCCAAAGUAUUGUCAGAUAAAGGGUGUUAGCACGGCAGGGUGGCGAGACAGUAGCAGAUUUUCAUAACCAAAUGUUUACACAUUGUUCUGCUUAACGUACAGUAAUGUCAUACAACACAGUUUACUCUUCAUUUGCCACAUCAAGAAUAAUUACCUGAAGCCUGUAUGCUAUACAAAGCCAUCUGUGUACUGUAACUCAGCAUAUUUUUAAUUACUGUAAAUUACUCAUGUCUAAUGAGACAAUCAUUACAUUUCGUCCUGAGCAUACAUAAUGGCAGUAUAUAAAUAACUAUCUAUACAUAUGUGAAAGACAUUUCACCGUUGUAUUUCUUAAUGCAGUUGUUUGUUCUUGAUAUAUUUUGAUGUAUUUAUGGUGUAAAUAUAUAUGUCAGUCAAAUGUUUUAUCUCAGUUUCACUUGUAUCUUACAUCCGCUGUUUUAAAAACAAAUACAUAAUUUUCUGUUCACUUGUAUGUAUUGUAAAUUGAAAUGUUUAAUAAAUUAAUGACUAUGAUUGUUUUUUUUUUUUAGUUUUAAUAGGGUUGGUCAAAAAUGAGAGACUCCAUGACAAUGUAAAAAUCAGAACAUGCCAU